AUAAUUAGUCAUUAUCAAAUGUAUAAUAUUAUUAUUCUAACGGCAUUACGAUCUAGUACUUCAAUAUAUUAACUUAUAAAACUGGUAUUUAAUAACGGUUUUAUAUCUACUAAAAAUUGUGUUUGUAAAAAUGUCUAUUAAUGGUCAAAUAAACGCAUCCAAUCUUUCAAAAAACUAUGGCUCCAAGGCGACGAUAGCACAGAUCUUAGCAACUGCGGUGCAGAGUUUACUAUUAAUUGGAUUAGGUAUGGAAUUGUCGAUGCCAACAAUUGUAAUAAAAGACUUGUACGAAAAUCCAAAUAGCAAUUUUACACUAUCAUUAUCACAGGUCUCCUGGUACGGAAGUAUAUUAUUUAUAUUUCAUCCUACUGGAAGUUUUAUAUCGGGAUUUCUUCAAGAAAAAUUUGGCAGAAAAUAUUGUAUGAUUUUUGCAAAUAUCCCUAGUAUAUUGGGAUGGAUAACUUUGCAUUUUACCAAUUCCACGAUUUUACUUUAUACGACAAGCGUGUUAAUGGGACUAAGUAUCGGAUUCAGCGAAGCUCCAAUACUAUCGUACGUUGGAGAAAUCACAGAGCCAAGACUCAGAGGAUCUAUGACAUCUUUAGCAAGUGCAGCUGUUAUGUUUGGUUCAUUAAUAAUUUUCAUUUUGGGAUUUUUAUUCGAAUGGAGAACUGUUGCAUUACUGAGCGCAUUAUGUCCCAUCGCUAGUAUGUUCUUAAUAACUUUGAUUCCAGAAUCUCCUAUUUGGUUGGUUUCUGUAGGAAAAAAUAAGAAAGCUGAAAAGUCUUUAUGCUGGUUAAGAGGAUGGGUAGAACCUAAAAAAAUUCAAACUGAAUACUUGGAACUGAUUCAUUAUAAUGAAGUGUCUGGAAUCAACAAUGAUAGUAAGAGUGCUAGUUUUUUUAAGAAAUUAGCCGAAUUGAAGAAUCCAUCAGUUUAUGGGCCCUUAAAAUUAGUGAUGAUUAUUUUCUUCAUUUCUAAUAUAAUAUGCCUUUCACCUGGCAGAUCAUUUAUUAACGAAAUAUUUCAUAAAGUUGGAAUAUUAAAUAAUCAUAGUUUAAUAUUAGUUAUUAUGGCUGUUUUACAGAACAUAGGAUAUUUAAUUAUAAUUUUUACUAUUCACCAUGUGGGGAAAAGAUGUUUAGCUAUAUUUGCGUUUUCAAUUAACACUGUGCUUUUACUGUUAUUUGGAGGAUACGUCAUAGUUUUGAAGAAUGGUUUUAUAAGCUCAACUCCUUUGAUACCAACAAUCAUUAUAUGCUGCAUUUAUUUUUUUGGAGCUGGUGUUGGUAGUUUACCUUGGAUGUUAAUUAGUGAAGUGUUUCCAAACAAAAGCCGAGGAAUCGCUACUGGUUCAUGUGCUGGGAUGUCUUAUUUAUUAAUGUUUGUACUAACAAAAAUUUAUUUAUCAGUAGAAUCUACGUUGACCAUAGAGUACACUUUGAUUCUUUUUGGUGCAAUUGGAAUUUUCGGUAUAGUUUAUUUGUAUUUUUAUUUGCCCGAAACGGAAAAUAAAACAUUAUUGGAAAUCGAAGAAUAUUUCCUAAAAUUAUAGUGUUUAUGUAAUAUGUUAUAUAUUUAUGUUAUUAAUAUGGAUGAUUUUUUUUUUUUAAUUUAUAAUGUUUAAUAUUAUUUUUAUAGUCAAAUUUAUUGCUAAGGAU